UAGAAAAGAAGAGGUUAUAAUAACUAGGAUGAGACUUGGACACUCGGGAUUGAACGCUUCACUGUUCAUAACUGGAAUACAUGAGACUGGUCUAUGUGGGAAUUGUGGGGAGAAAGAAACAGUGGAGCAUGUAAUAUAUAAUUGUACAAGGUAUGAUGAAGAAAGAAAGGAAUUAAUAUCAUAUUUAAACAAAAAAGGUAAGGUAAAUAAGGAUUUGGAAUACUUAUUAGGAUAUGAGUUUAACAGAGAUAGAGAAGGAUACAGGAUAUUAAUAAAAUACAUAUAUACUACUGGGUUAAGUGAAAGGAUUUAAAUAUAGAAUGCGGAUGCUCUAUUCUAUUCUGGAUCUUUAGGGGACCACGGAUUUAGUCUGGAGGAGCUGAACACGCAGCGCCAGGUGGAGCCUGGGGAGAAGGAAUGGGAUGGAGCAUCGAAUAAUUAUUUAAGUAGGAAUAUUUGUGUAUAUACGUGUGUAAGAACAGGAAAAGCAAAAACAAGGAAUAAAUUGAUAAAUAAACCAUGACUGCAUAACAGCAAAAGUAGGUGGCGAUAUGCACACAGGAUGUAACACGCCAAAAAACGGAAGAAGAAGAAGAAGAAGAAGAAGAAGAAGCAUCGCCUGAGAGAAAUUCGCGCCCUUCAGCCAACCAGCUCGCGCGGUCUCCAGGGUAACGGUGCGUUUGGUAACCACUGUAAACAAAGCGUCAAAACAGCUAGCGUCAUGGCUUUCUGCAACACCGAGUAUUUCGACCAGAUUGGGAAUAUUCAGAAGAGCAUGCACGAACGUGAGAGGAGGAGACAUGAGCUGGAAGAAAUAUUGCUUGACUACUUAAGAUCAGAGGAAAGAUUGACUAAGUUGAAGUGUGCCAAGAUGCGCUGCUAUUACAAGGAGCUGCGCGAGAGAGAGCAGCAAGCAAAGACACGCAACCUUGAGCUUCUUGGAAAUGUGGAGAACUUGGCAUCAAAAAUGAAAGAAUUCUCCAUUGAUUGUAGCAGGCUACUUCAAAAGAGGUUGGAGUACAAUAAUCAUAUUACCAGACUGAAGAAAGACCGGAAGAAAAUGGGGAGCAGGGGGGAAUCAGAAGCGGACGAGCUCCCGAGCAGGUUCCAGCUUCCCAGCAUACAGGGAUCAUCACAGAGUGCUGUCAUCUUCACGGGUCACCAUACCUCCAACGGCUCAUCAAGAAAUGAUGGUGUCACAACCACACGUUCACCAUCUCAGACAGAGCUGAUACCUAAUCAUCCUUCACUCUCUCCUCUACAAAGUGGCCUUUGUAUGCACUCCCAUGUUUUAAAAGCCAGUGGCAUUGUCAUUUUAUCUGAUGACAUUCUAAACUCAGGUGAUUUCCUUGAGGAGAGACAUUUGAGUGACGUGCGUGAAAAGCAGAUGGAGUCUGAUUGGGACGUCUCUCAGAGGGCAGGAGAGCGGCAUAGAUGUGAAGAACUAAACUCACCUCACACGACCCUGAAGGAAGCUGAAGUGUCCUCUCUAUCUGUGACCGCGAAGAAGCCUGCAGACAUUGUGUCAUUAGAGCGGUAUCUGAACCGCAGUCCUUCCCCAGAUGCCACUGAUCCAAGAGAUUCCUCACAGUACAUGAACUCUGGAGGUGAGGAUGAGGAAGGUGACUCCACGCCAAGACAUCAAGAUCUUUCAGAUGACACCAACAGCAGACAUCACGCUUUGAGAGGAGAUGUUGUAAUUCAAGAGCAAAGUGUAAUACCCUUUCAAACCAAAGGUGGCACACACAAGCAGGUCAACACACAGGAAUCUGGAAGGCUUCACUCUCUCGAAUCCCCCAACAGGCUCUCCAUGGAAGGAUUUUGUCAUCUUCUGGACAGCAUUGAGCGACGUCUCAGUGCUAAAGACGUGAAGCUCUACAGAAGCACAGUCAAUGAGCAGAAACUCGAUGAUAUCAUCAGUAUAUGUGGUCAGUGUGGGCGUCUGGAUGGUGUGGAGCUGCAUUCGUGUGGUGCUGUUGUUCUGCAGCAGCUGCCCCUGUUGUCCUGCAGUCUGUCUCAUGGAUGUCUGUUACCCAGUGAUCUGAUCAACACUCACUGGUCAUCAGCUACAAAACCAGAACAGAUCAGGUCAUGUCUGUCAGCUGAAAGCGCUCUGCUGUGGGACUGCUGUUUCAGACACUUCUUUCAGCUUCAGCAACAGAAAAUCCUCAGCACUGACCACAUCAUCCAGCUCUUCACUCCACUCCUAGUGCCAUACAAUGCCACCUACACUGAGAAGGCAGGGGAGCUGUUGAAGAGGCUUCUGACCCACAAAUCUGAGACCCAUCAGCCAUCAGAAAGUGAACUGUCAUCUUCUUGUAGCUUGCCCUCUCUUCUGGAUGACAGUGUGGAAAUCAAGCCGGCGAGGCCUUCCAAAACAAAUAAGCAAACUGUUGGAACACAAGAGACCAAAGCAUAUCAGCUGCUUAAACAGUCUGUGGCACAAGAGAGGCACUGGAGUGACUCGGAGGAGCAGAAUUCUGAGCCGUCAGAUAUCAACACAUUGGAGAGGUCUGAGGUGCUCAGGGACUCUUUAACGCAAAACAGUCUUACAGGAAGACUGCAAAAAGUAAAGCUUUCUCUGCUGUCCAGUCAAAGGCAUUUUGGGGAGAAUCAGAUGACAGCAAUUCUGAGAUCGAAAUGGCCUUGCGUCCUCAGUCCCGCAACACCAGCAGCCAUGACUUUGAUGAUUUUUAUGAUUAACAUUUCUCUUUUGAGACUUUUUUUAUUUAAUUGUUUCAAUGAGAAGUUAAUAUGUUUGAAAGAGAUGCCUUUAUACGAUUGCAAAACAAACAAAAAUCUUCAGCGAGGAAUGAGUGCGACAUUCCACGAAAACAAAAAAACAGCCAUCCUCUUUAUUGUGGCCAAAGACUGUGAAGGGUUUUCAAAACAUGCUGGUGUUAACCCUGCUUGAAUCUCUUUAGCUGAAAAACACUUGGACCUGGUUGAAACAGAUUAAACUUGGUUUUUAAAGUGAUUCCUUUGCACUGUGUUGAAUAUUACGCAUUUUAGAUGCUGCAGGUAUCUGGCGGUGAUUUGGAGUGGAAUGCUCUGAGUCAACUCCUAUGAAAAGCCAGUGCACAAUGGCCACUCUGCAUGCUGCUGAAACACCUUUGAACUCACUCAAGUACCCCUGGCCCAUUUAGGAGGACAAAAUACAUUGUGCUCAUCUCAAUAUAGAAACAAACGCUCUCUGUAUUUGCGGCGUUAGAAAAGCGAUUCCGUCAGCCGAACAAACGGUUUUCGUUUCGAACGGUUUCUCCUCAACCGACGAAAUGCAAGGUGCAAUGUCCACUUCAGAAUUCGUCUGUUUUGCAAAUGUGCACACAUUUUUAUGCUCUCUGGCUGAUUCUUGUGGGAUUUCAAGUUACAUUUUAUACAUUUGUACAGAGUUACUGUACAAAAUGUGACGUGCUUGCUUCAAUUCAUUGUUAUAAUAUGCCCCUCUAAUGGCUAUUUUUAGACACCACAUGAUAGUUAAAAUUACAGAUAAUUAUAAUUAGGCAUUGAAAAGAGCACUGAUCAAACACAGCAAUAUCAUUACAGUAAUAAUGGUUAUUUUUCCAAAACAGCCAAUCAGUGAUAACGACAGUAACCCUUUUCCUAAUGGACCUGAAAAUAACAUUGCGCACUAAAAUUGCUGUGCAUGGAUUUCCAGAACUGUUUCCCAGCCAUCAAUAAUCUACAUCGCCCGUGACGGGGGAUUGUCAUUUUGUCUGUGACUCCGAGUUCAUUUGGUUUCAUCAUAUUUAACAUGCACGGAGGCAUGUUAUUCUGUAAUGAUACCAAACCUGCAGCAUUCUAUCCAUCAGUAUGAUUCCAUUAGUUAGCUUUUAAGUAACUUUAUGAGGCCGAACCUGCUAGAGUAGGACUCCACACUCAUUAGCUGUAAUGGCUGCAGCCAGCCUUGACCCGCACGCGUCGAAACGCGCCUGCAUAAUUUGGAGAUUGCUAAAAAGCUCCCCUCACAUAAUAUCUGUGUUAAGGAUCAUGUCAACAGAUACUUGUGUGAUGGAGGAAGCUCUGUGAGAGAGUUACAUUGUGCCGGCCUGUAACAACACCAUAAACGCUUUUUAAAGGAACCGCCUUCUGGACGUGCUAAUAAAAAAGUGUCAAACCCGGAGUGCGACUUUCAAAUGAUGUCACAUCAAAACAGAGAAAAUAUUUUGCUUAAAAUGAAACCAUGCCAAGAUUUCUUUUGCAAAAAUGUGUGUACGGCGCCACUUUAUAAGCAUGCAUGAUGGUCUCCCAGCAGGGAAGGUCAUUAAAGCAUUCAGAUUCAAAGACAUUCUCGAAUUAAAUCAUCUGUUUAAUGGCAUAAAAGUGCCUGAUUUCAAGGCUCAGUUAGGAUGUCCGUUGCUGAAUCUCCAUUCAUUUGAUGAAUAAAAUCAGUCAAAUCUACAUGUUUAAGUCUUUUCUUAUUUUAUUAAGAAAGUCUGUGUUAUUAUCUAGCUAUUAUCAGUAUUAUGCAUGGUACGUGUGCAACAUAAUGUCAUGCGGUACAUUUCAAACCACUUUUACUCAUACCCUACAAAACUGCUUUCUUUAAUCU